AUGGCGGGACACCUGCCUUCGGACUUCGCCUUCUCGCCCCCACCGGGCGGUGGAGGCGAUGGGCCAGGGGGGCCAGAUCCGGGCUGGGUUGACCCUCGGACCUGGCUAAGCUUCCAAGGCCCUCCUGGUGGGACAGGAAUUGGGCCAGGGGUUGGGCCAGGCUCCGAGGUGUGGGGGAUUCCCUCGUGCCCCGCGCCGUACGAGUUCUGUGGAGGGAUGGCGUACUGUGGACCUCAGGUUGGAGUGGGGCUAGUACCCCAAGGCGGCCUGGAGACUCCUCAGCCCGAGGGCGAGGCGGGAGCAGGGGUAGAGAGCAACUCGGAGGGGGCCUCCCCCGAGCCCUGCACUGCCGCCCCUGGUGCCGUGAAGCUGGAGAAGGAGAAGCUGGAACAAAACUCUGAGGAGUCCCAGGACAUCAAGGCUCUGCAGAAAGAACUCGAGCAAUUUGCCAAGCUCCUGAAGCAGAAGAGGAUCACCUUAGGAUAUACCCAGGCUGAUGUGGGGCUCACUCUGGGGGUUCUCUUUGGGAAGGUGUUCAGCCAAACGACCAUCUGCCGCUUUGAGGCUCUGCAGCUCAGCUUCAAGAACAUGUGUAAGCUGCGGCCCCUGCUGCAGAAGUGGGUGGAGGAAGCGGACAACAACGAAAACCUUCAGGAGAUAUGCAAAGCAGAGACCCUCGUGCAGGCCCGAAAGAGAAAGCGAACGAGUAUUGAGAACCGAGUGAGAGGCAACCUGGAGACCUUGUUCCUGCAGUGCCCAAAACCCACGCUGCAGCAGAUCAGCCACAUUGCCCAGCAGCUUGGGCUGGAGAAGGAUGUGGUCCGAGUGUGGUUCUGCAACCGGCGCCAGAAGGGCAAACGAUCAAGCAUUGACUAUUCUCAGCGAGAGGAUUUUGAGGCUGCUGGGUCUCCUUUCUCAGGGGCACCAGUGUCCUUUCCUCUGACCCCAGGGCCCCACUUUGGUACCCCAGGCUAUGGGAGCCCUCACUUCACUACGCUGUACUCUUCGGUCCCUUUUCCAGAGGGGGAAGCCUUUCCUUCUGUCUCUGUCACCACUCUGGGCUCUCCCAUGCAUUCAAAUUGA